AUGGCUGCUCAUCCUCAAAACGUUGGCAUCAAGGCCAUUGAAAUCUACUUUCCCAGCCAGUGCGUUGACCAGGCUGAGUUGGAGAAAUUCGAUGGCGUUUCCACAGGAAAAUACACCAUUGGUCUUGGCCAGACCAAAAUGAGCUUCUGUGACGAUCUUGAAGAUAUCUACUCCCUCUCCCUUACCACCCUCUCCUCCCUCAUGCGCAAAUACAACAUCGACCCCAAGUCUAUUGGCCGAUUAGAAGUCGGAACCGAGACUCUCUUGGACAAGUCCAAGUCUGUCAAGUCCGUUCUUAUGCAACUCUUCGAAGAAUCCGGCAACACCAACAUCGAGGGUAUCGACACAGUCAAUGCUUGCUACGGAGGCACCAACGCCAUCUUCAACAGCAUCAACUGGGUUGAGUCUUCUGCUUGGGAUGGCCGUGAUGCCAUCGUCGUCUGCGGUGAUAUUGCUUUGUACGCCAAGGGAGCUGCCCGUCCUACCGGUGGAGCUGGAUGUGUCGCUAUGGUUAUCGGUCCCGAUGCUCCUAUUGUGUUCGAGCCGGGUCUCCGUGCCAGCUACCUCAGCCACGUCUACGAUUUCUACAAGCCCGACUUGACCAGCGAAUAUCCCUACGUCGAUGGCCACUUCUCCAACAAGUGCUACACCCAGGCUGUCGAUGAGUGCUACAAGGCUUAUAAUGCUCGCGAGAAGACCUUGCAAGAGAAGUUCGGCGUCAACGGCGUCAUUUCCGAGGAGCAGACACCUUUGGACCGCUUUGAUCAUGUUUUGUUCCAUGCCCCCAACUGCAAGCUCGUGUCCAAGUCGUAUGCGCGCAUGCUUUACAACGAUUACCUCAUCAACCCCUCUCACCCCACCUUUGCUGAGGUCCCCGCCGAGAUUGCCGAAGUUGACUAUGAAAAGUCGUUGAGCGACAAGGCUGUGGAAAAGACUUUCAUGGGUUUGGCCAAGAAGCGCUUCAAUGAGCGCGUCCAGCCCUCCAUUGAGGUUGCCACUCAGUGCGGUAACAUGUACACUGCCAGCGUCUACGGAGGACUGGUCAGUCUUAUCGCAAAUGUCACUUUUGACACCUCCAAGCCCAAGCGAGUUGCCAUUUUCAGCUACGGCAGUGGUCUUGCCAGCUCCAUGUUCAGCUUCAAAGUCGUCGGCGACACUUCUGUUAUGGCCAAGAACCUUGACCUCCGCAACCGUCUUGAAUCUCGUCGCGUUGUUCCUCCCUCUGAGUACGAUGCUCUCUGCCUCCUUCGUGAGCAUGCUCACUUGAAGAAGAACUUCAAGCCCGCUGGUAACGCCGACAACCUCUUCCCCGGUACUUACUAUCUGACCGACGUCGAUGAUAUGUUCCGUCGCAAGUAUGCCAUCAAGGCAUAA